GGGAAGGAGGAGAAGGGGAGCGGGGCUCCGUCAGGCGAACCGCGGGGCGGCGCGGAGCAGGCCCCCGGCGGGGUCCUUCGGCGACGGUCACGGAGGGAGCGGGACGGCGGCCGCGAUGAACCUGGAGCUGCUCGAGUCCUUCGGCCAGAACUACCCUGAGGAGGCCGAUGGGACCCUGGACUGCAUCAGCAUGGCCCUGACCUGCACCUUCAACCGCUGGGGCACGCUGCUCGCCGUGGGCUGCAACGACGGGCGCAUCGUCAUCUGGGACUUCCUGACCAGGGGCAUCGCCAAGAUCAUCAGCGCCCACAUCCACCCCGUGUGCUCCCUGUGCUGGAGUCGAGAUGGUCACAAACUGGUGAGUGCUUCCACGGAUAACAUCGUGUCACAGUGGGAUGUGCUCUCUGGAGACUGCGACCAGAGGUUUCGAUUUCCUUCACCCAUCCUGAAGGUUCAGUACCACCCUCGAGACCAAAACAGGGUUUUGGUUUGUCCCAUGAAGUCGGCGCCGGUGAUGCUGACGCUGUCAGACUCCAAACACGUUGUCCUGCCUGUGGAUGAUGACUCUGAUCUCAAUGUCGUGGCCUCCUUUGACAGGCGAGGGGAAUACAUUUACACAGGCAAUGCCAAGGGGAAGAUUUUGGUCUUAAAAACAGAAACUCAGGAUCUUGUUGCUUCCUUCAGAGUGACAACUGGAACCAGCAACACCACAGCUAUUAAAUCGAUUGAGUUUGCUCGGAAGGGAAGCUGCUUUUUGAUAAACACAGCUGACCGGAUAAUCAGGGUGUAUGAUGGCCGUGAAAUUCUCACUUGUGGACGAGAUGGGGAGCCUGAACCCAUGCAGAAGCUGCAGGAUUUAGUGAACAGGACACCGUGGAAGAAGUGCUGUUUCUCUGGUGAUGGUGAAUAUAUAGUGGCAGGGUCAGCACGACAGCAUGCCCUGUACAUCUGGGAGAAGAGCAUUGGAAACCUGGUGAAAAUCCUGCAUGGGACCAGAGGGGAGCUGCUCUUGGAUGUAGCGUGGCAUCCUGUCCGACCCAUCAUAGCUUCUAUUUCAAGUGGUGUUGUCUCAAUAUGGGCUCAGAAUCAAGUGGAAAACUGGAGUGCCUUUGCUCCUGACUUCAAAGAGCUGGAUGAAAACGUGGAAUAUGAAGAGAGAGAGUCAGAGUUUGACAUUGAGGAUGAAGAUAAGAGUGAACCAGAACAGACAGGUGCUGAUGCUGCAGAAGAUGAAGAAGUGGAUGUCACGAGUGUGGAUCCCAUUGCUGCCUUCUGUAGCAGUGAUGAGGAACUGGAGGACUCCAAGGCUCUGCUUUACUUACCCAUUGCUCCUGAAGUUGAAGAUCCAGAAGAAAACCCCUAUGGGCCUCCACCAGAUGCGGUUCAGAGCUCUUUAACUGAUGAGGGAAUAGGCUCUGAGAAGAAGAGGCAGUGCUCCUCUGAUGGACCCCAGGCACCAAAGAAGAAGCCCAAAACCACCAACAUUGAGCUACAAGGAGUACCUAAUGAUGAAGUCCAUCCGCUGCUGGGUGUGAAGGGAGAUGGUAAAUCCAAGAAGAAGCAAGCAGGCAGGCCUAAAGGAUCAAAAGGUAAAGACAAAGAUUCUCCAUUUAAACCGAAACUCUACAAAGGGGACAGAGGUGCUUUACCUCUGGAAGGAGCAGCGAAGGGUAAAGUGCAGGCGGAGCUGGGACAGCCUUUGACAGCAGGUGGUGCAAUCUCAGAAUUGUUAUGAAGACACUCUCCUUUAGCUUCCUGUAUGCUUUCCUAUUUUGGCACCAUAAUGUGGAAACUAGAUGAAAUGCUCAGUCAGAGUGGACUGACUAACACAGCAGACUGAUUGCUCAUGGAUUCAGGGAGUGACUUUCAUUUGAAAUGACUAUGGAAGAGGAAGCAGCUUCAUUCCUCCUUACCUGCCUCUGCAUGGAACAGUGUAAGAUGCUAACUCUCAGGUCAUGCGAUUUGCAAAGAGACUCGUUGGACUGCCUUUGUGGUGAUAUAUAGAACUGUAAAGUGAGCUGGAAGGGACCUCCAGAGCUUACCACCAUUGUCUUUUAAAUCCCCUUUUUUUUAUUCCUGGAUUGAAGAAUACCCAAAGUGUGCAUUUUUAUUCCUGGUGACUAUAUCCUGCAAACAUCCCUUUCUUUGCUGUUAAGUUUCAUUUCAGUGAGUUGUGACUCCUUCCAUGCCAGCUUCUCACCUUCCCAGCUUUUUGGGUAGCUUGCUAUGAUGUCUUCUGUGCUGAGGCUCCUGCUGAUUACGUGCCAGGUGGACAGAGACCUAAGGUGAAGAAUCAAGAGACCCUCUGAAGUCUGCAAAGAAUGAAGCUUCAUAUUGUGAACAGUUCAGACAUGAAGGAUGACCCUGCUUAUGGGAGGAAGGAGCUCUAGAUAAAAUACUCAGCUGUUAUGCUCUCUUUUAACCUGUGAUAUGAAAAGCAGUGUUGGCAGUUUCUGUCCUAGCAAAAGUGGUUUUAUUCUGUCCCUUUCCUGUGCGGUGCCCUACCGGAAGCAACUGGUUUCCUCCUCGGCUGAUAGGAACUGGCAGAUAGAGAAAAACCAGAACCCCACCUCUGGAUCAAGAAUGGAAGAUGAAUGCUAACAGCUCACUCCCAGCCAUGCUUUAACCAUUUCCUCCUUAAAGAUGGUUGGAAUAUUUUCCUUGUGGGAAUGGAAAGAGACACUUUAUCCAGUAGUGAUAGCCUGAGAGCUCUGUACCAGACCGACUGUCUGUUAAAAGGUUUUCAUUCCUAAUGCCCUUUGCUUCAUAGACUUUUAUAGUUCCUAUGCAAUUACUUUUAGUUUUCUCCCAGCUGUAAUUACUGAGCUCAUCAUUGUGUAUUGGAAUUGUCAAAGCAUCCUGCAGACAGUAAAACCCAACAAGAGGAGUCGUGAAGAGAUCUCUUCAGUUGCAGUUGGAAGCGUGCAGCAGUUGCACGAGAUGAAGUAUGGGAAGAGAGGAGACACUUUGAAUCAGGAGGGUUUUUAAAGCUGGUGGUUUCAUUUCUGGCUUUGGUGCAGUGGCUGCUUCGUGUAAUGAAAUCCGUGUGUACAGUAGGAGUUUUCCUUGUUCUUUCUGCUUGUAGGAUGACUUGCAUCUCCCCUGGAAUACUGUUGUGUCCAAUCCACCCUAGUGUGGCAUGGCUGACCCCACGAGCUUUAAAAGAUGCACAGGCAGUGGCUCUUCAGGUUGUCCUAAAGCAUGUGAUUUGCCACAGACUCCAGCCUGUUUCUGGUAAACCUUUGCUGUACAGUGUAUAUGUCCUUGGUUUCUUUUCUUCCAUCUUCUGUUUUAUUUUCUAGUAUCUGUAGUUUUGUACAGUAUUUGACAGAUACUGGCUUGGUGGUAGUCUACAGCAGUGAUGGUAGGUUUUGUGGUUGUAAAUAAAGAGGUAUGUUUCAUUUCCUAAA